CACUGUCAGAGCCAGACACUCCCGUUUUUGUUUUAAGGUUAAAAAUCAGCUUUCAUUUUCUAAUAUUUCUUUUCUUUGAGGGUUUUUGAGUAAAAAAUGUUUAAAAAAUUCGACGAAAAAGAGAGCGUUUCGAGCGUUUUGCAGUUGAAAUCCUCAGUACAAAAAUCUAUUAGGGCAAAAAUUUUAGAAUCCUACCCUUUUUUGGAUAGUUAUUUGGAUGCUAUACUGCCCAAAAAAGAUGCUUUUAAAAUAGUUAAAUGUCAUGAUCACAUAGAAAUAAUUGUGAACUCAGCAGGGGAGCAACAAUUUUUCAGACACAGAGAGGGUCAAUGGAUGCCUACACUAAGAUUACUACAUAAAUAUCCAUUCUUUCUUCCUAUGCAACAAGUUGAUAAAGGAGCGAUACGAUUUGUGCUUAGUGGCGCUAAUAUUAUGUGCCCUGGUCUCACUUCACCUGGUGCACAAAUGACGGAAGUACCAAAGGAUACUAUUGUGGCAAUUAUGGCUGAGGGUAAAGAACAUGCAUUAGCCAUUGGAAAAACUACUCUAUCUACUGAAGAUAUAGCAAAAGUUAAUAAAGGAAUUGGAGUAGAAAAUUGUCAUUAUCUCAACGACGGACUGUGGCAAAUGAAACCUGUGAAAUAAUUAAGAAUUUAGUGUUUUCUAUUCUCUUAUUUAUAAAGUAAACGCAACUGUUGUUUAUAA